CUACAAUUCAGUACUAUGUAGGUAGCUACGAAGCACCAGACCACUAAUUCUUCACUUUCCAGGUUGUGAAUUAGGUACCUACCCUGGUACGUAAUCCCCCGCAAUCAAGAAAAGGGCUUAGCGGGUCAAGUUUGUGUGGGCUGUCUUGGCUUCGUCACGAUCAGCAUCAAUUUGGUAGGUGCUGUUGGCAACUUACCUUAGGGUACCUAAAGUCACCAGGUAGAACAACGUUUGAUAUUACCUCUGAUUCCGAAACGCGCACCUGCAUUUGCCUGCACCUGCAUUAGACAAGCAAAGGUGCCUAAUACCUUCCUCAUAUCUACAUACGCUAGUAGCAAUACCUAAAGAAACUCCGCUGGGCUCAUUCCUUUCCUUUAAUAUUCUUACAUACUACCUAACCCUAGGUACCCCUCAGUCGUGAUCCAAACCUUUCUUUUGACAGAAAGGUCAAGAUAGGAAAAGCAGUCUCUGACGGAUCAAGGUGGCUACUCCUAUAAGAAGGCGUAACAUAUCCUUCCCCCUUCUUAUACCUGCCUUUCUUGUCCUCUUCCUCGCUAUUAUUACCUUCAAUCUGGCUACCACACGGGCGCUCUCUCGCUUGACAUUAUAUCUGAAUCAAUUACGUCCCAAGUAUUCUCCCCCAUCAACUUCUUUUCCUGCCACUGUCUCUCUCACUUCUCGUCGAUCCAUUAUAAACGCCAGCAUGGCUCCCGACAAGUACAAGAACCCUCCCCAGGCUCCACCAGCCUUCAUAGGGACCAAAGAUUCGAUUAUUGGCGAUGCGAAGGCUAUUUGCGAAACUACACGGUCUCUACUCGACAAAAUUGUCGCAGAUAUCCCUGCCGACAAAGCGACCUUCACCUCUGUCCUAGCACCAACUGCCGAAGACGAGAAUGAGACACAACUGAAGAAUCGUAUCCUCACAUUCUAUCAAUACGUUUCUGGUAACGCCGAUCUUCGUAACGCUUCCACCGAAGCCGAUAAAAUACUUGAAAACUUCGCUAUCGAGUGUAAUACGCGUGAAGAUGUUUUUCAACUCGUUGAUGCUGUCUUUAAGGCCCAAAAGAGCAAGGAACCCAAUCUCGACGCUGAGAGCCUCCUAUUUCUUGAGAAGGAACACAAAGGCUAUAUCAGGAGUGGACUAGGGCUGCCCAAAGGCCAACCAAGAGAUCGCUUCACAGAGAUCAAACAGCGACUCAGUCAGAUCUCCAUUGAGUUCUCCAAGAAUCUCAACGAGGAGAAAGGUGGUAUAUGGCUCACUAGGGAAGAAUUGGAUGGUGUUCACAGUGACGUGCUUGACGGCCUGGAAAAGGGUACUGGAGAGAACGAAGGAAAGCUUAAGCUCAGCUUCAAGUAUCCCGAUAUUUUCCCUACCCUAAAAUUUGCCAAAAACCCGGAGACGAGGAAGAAAGUCUUCAUAGCUAAUGAAAAUAAGACAAACCAAAACGCGCCUCUGUUUAGGGAAACUAUCCUACUACGUGACGAGGCUGCGAGGAUCUUGGGCUACCCAAACCAUGCUGCUUUCCGCAUAGAAGAUAAGAUGGCCAAGUUGCCAGAAACGGUAAAUGUUUUCUUGGCAGACCUUCGAAAACGCCUUGCACCUGGUGGCGAGAAGGAAAAGGCACACCUCCUGGAGCUGAAGAAGAAGGAUGAGGAAUCAAGAGGUCUGAAACCAGAUGGCAAUUACUACCUCUGGGAUCAUCGAUUCUACGAUCGGAUGAUGGUAGAACAAGAAUAUAGCAUCGACGAGGUCAAGAUUGCCGAAUACUUCCCACUGCAAAGUACUGUGCGGGGGAUGUUACACAUCUUCGAAGAACUAUUCGGCCUGGCAUUUGUCGAAUUAGAUGCUGAUGAGCGGAAAAGACUGUCGCCGACUGGUAAAGCCGAGGAUAUUACAUGGCAUGAGGACGUUAUUGUCUUCUCUGUUUGGGAUGACAGUUCUGAGGGGGAUGGCUUCAGUGGCUAUCUCUAUCUCGAUUUACACCCGAGGGAAGGCAAGUAUGGUCACGCUGCUAACUUCAAUUUACAGCCUGGCUUCGUCAGGAAGGAUGGCACACGCAGAUAUCCUGCCACGGCUCUAGUGUGCAAUUUCUCCAAGCCCACGGAGAAGAAACCCUCGUUGCUGAAACACGACGAAGUGGUUACGCUGUUCCACGAGCUCGGGCACGGUAUCCAUGACCUGUCUGGCCGAUGCACCUACAGCAGAUUCCACGGAACAUCGACAGUUAGAGAUUUCGUCGAAGCUCCUAGUCAGAUGCUUGAGAACUGGUGUUGGACACCUAGUCAGUUGAAAGCACUCUCAAGUCACUACGAGACCGGCGAGAAGAUUCCCGAUGAAUUGAUCGAAAAGCAAAUAUCUACCAAACAUGUAAACGACGCGCUAUUUAACCUAAGACAAUUGCAUUUUGGUAUCUAUGACAUGCAAAUACACUCACCUGCUACGCACGAGGAACUCGAAGCGGUCGAUUUCGGCGCAUUAUAUAAUGAACUUCGCAGCGAGAUCGCUAGUCUCAAGGGUCCCGAAGCUUUGGGGGAACCGAGCACCUGGGGUAAUGGUCAAGCUACCUUCGGUCACCUCAUGGGAGGUUAUGAUGCAGGUUACUACGGCUACCUGUCUUCACAAGUCUACAGUACAGACAUGUUUUACUCGGUCUUCAAGAAAGACCCAAUGAACGGAAAGGAAGGUCGCAGGUAUCGGCAUACCGUUCUUGAGCGCGGUGGUAGUCAAGACGAGAUGACCACGCUUGAGCAGUUCUUGGGCAGGAAACCUAGUAGCGAUGCAUUCUACGCAGACCUGGGCCUCACUGCUGCAACAGUUGCUUCUACCGCAUAAGGUAGGAUAGUAUAUACUACUAGGUACCUAAGGAUCGAGGUUAUUAAGGCCUAUUUCAAAGGCCUAUGAUAAAUUCCCUGAAACAUCGAUCGAGUAUCCCAAUUCUCUUGGUAGCCAUCUCCCCUAUCAACCUCUAAACUAUGAAUACCUAGUUAGUUUAUGAGAUAAUAAAUGCCAUGAUAACUGAUGAA